UUUCUUUUUAUCUCAUCCUAAACCUAAAGUGUUUGGGAAAGGUGUGUUGUCGCCUAGGGUCAUCAUACGAAGCGUUGUUGAAUUUGUGAGGGCGAAUCAAAGGAGCAUCACUUCGAAAUUACAACAUUUUCAUCAUUCAAGGAAGAAUUGAAAACAAAUUUUGAUAAGGAUGAGUCAAUCAAGACCAAAUGAGGAUGAGCCUAUAGAUGCAACACCGAUAUCCUUUUGCGUUUCUUACGACUUUGAUGUUAAUUGUGGUGAUGUGGUUGGAAAUCCAACAAAUUUGAAUGAAACUCCAUCUCUGACACAAAGUUCACGGCCAAAGAAAGGAAGACGUUCCAAACCAUUACCUGAUGAAUGGAUGAAAAAUUGGGAAGUUGAAAGAUUUGAUAAGGGGGUUGAGAGAUACGAGAAUGAAGGAAUUCGUAUUCGACGUCAAAAAGUAAAGACACAAGACAAAGAAGAAAGCAACCGCAAAACCAAAGAAGAAACAAAUGAAUUUAUUGUAGCUCAAGAGAAAAAUAAAGAAGCAAAAGCUGAAGUGAGAAAUAUGCUAGUUGCUCAGGGAAAAAGUGAAGCAAAAGAUAUGAGAGUCAUUGUUGAAGAGUUUCUUUCUAAAGCUCAUUACAAGCAGCUUCACAUGUUCAACCCAUGA